AUAACCCACAACAAAGAUGGCUUUGCAACAAUCCGCCGCCGUCCCGUCGGCAGUGGCGAUGGAGAAGGGCCGCGUGGAGAUGCGGCACACGUAUCGGUCAGAUGAUGAAUCCGAGGACGAGUCAUCCCCCCCGAUGAUGCAGGCUUGCUAUUAUACCAAGUACGGCAAACCUUCUGUGGUUCAGAUCGGUCAGCUGCCUCGUGCCACUCUCGUCGCCCCUGACGACAUCCUUGUCCGCGUUCACGCCGCAUCCAUCAACCCAAUCGACUACAAGCGUCGCGAAGGAGCGUUCAAACUCAUACUGGAAUCGAAAUGGCCCAACAUUGUCGGAUACGACAUGGCUGGCGUCGUCGUCCUUUGCGGGACAAGCGUCAAGAACUUUCACGUGGGCGACGAAGUGUUUGCUUGUGUUCCGCACGACAGAAUCGGGACCCUGGCCGAGUUUGCCGCCGUGCCCGAGCGAGCCGCGGCCCUCAAGCCCAAGAAUCUGAGCUUCAUCCAAGCUGCCGCCGUGCCGAUCUCUGCGCUUGUGGCGAUGCAGACGCUCCGUCGCUUGAAUUUGAAGCCAGGUCAAAGCUUCCUUCUAACUGGCGGGUCUGGCGGCGUGGGCACGUUUGCGCUGCAACUGGCGAAGAAUGUAUUUAAGGCAGGUCAAAUUGCUACCACGGCCCUCCAGCAAAAGGACCAUAUAUUGACAAGGCUGGGUGCUGACAUCAUUGUCGACUACUCGGACAGUCACUUCGAGAAAGAAUUAACAGACUACGACUGCGCCAUGGAUUGCACUAGCGAGGCCAAAAAGUGCGUCGAGUGCGUCAAAAGCGGCGGCAUCGUCGCGUCCAUCGCAGAUACCCCUCCUCCGGAAGCAAUGGGAGACUUGGAGGACGAACUGCACGGCCGGCCAUCGUGCUGCCUGGGGAUCGUCCUGGGCUGCUUGAGCUACUCCAUGAAGGCCAAGGCCCGCGCGCGGUCGGUCGAGUACGCGUACGUGCUGGUGUCACCGGAUGGACGGAUGCUGCGAGAGGUGGCGACGUACUGCCAAGAUGGACUGGUACGCCCUGUGAUCGACAAGGUAUUUCCGUUCGCACAGGCGCUGGAGGCCAUGGAACUGCUCGAAGCAGGCCACGUCACGGGUAAAAUCGUGAUUGAAAUGCCAGCCAACGCCGCCAAAGACCGACACCAGCCCGAGUCGGAAUAAAAAUACUAAUGCAAGUGGUGGACCCACGGAUUGAAUGGAUUGUGAA